GUAUCAGCGCUUUCUUUGCAGUUGUCAAAACGUAAAAUUUUCGGUGUGAUAAGUUAACAAGAAGAUAAAUUAAAAAUCAGCCUCCUGGCUGGAACAAAAUUUUGAAAAAAAAAGAUGAGGGUGGCGGGCAUAAUGCUGAUAAGCAUUGCUCUAACGAGCUUUGUUAUCGGCAAUGCUUAUUACCAAAAAAAACAAUUUUAUCCCUCCGUGGUCUACAUAACCAAGUCCAAUCCCAGUAUGGCUGUGAUGUAUGUACAAGGAUUGAUACUUGUGUUUAUGAUGAAUACAUUUUUAAGAAAAAUAUUCUUUGGCAAUUUAAGAGCAGCGGAACUUGAACAUUUGGUGGAAAGAGUGUGGUAUGCUGUGACAGAAACGUGUUUAGCGUUUACAGUUUUUAGGGAUGAUUUCAGUCCGAAAUUCGUUGCAUUAUUUACACUUUUACUGUUUUUGAAAUCGUUUCAUUGGCUUGCUGAAGAUAGAGUCGAUUUCAUGGAAAGGAGUCCCGUGAUAACAUGGCUAUUCCAUCUAAGAGUGGGAACAUUAUUAGUUCUUUUAUUUAUAAUAAAUGUGACAAUGUUUCAAUAUGCCUAUAAUUCAACACUUGCAAAAGGCGCAUCAGUGCAACUUGUCUUUGGCUUUGAAUACGCAAUUUUAUUGACCGUUGUUUUAAACAUUUGGAUUAAAUAUAUUUUGCAUACUAUAGACUUACAAAGCGAAAAUCCCUGGGACAAUAAACCCGUCUUCCUUUUAUAUACGGAACUUGUUAUUGGUCUUAUGAAGGUAAUUUUGUAUAUUGGAUUUGUCGUCAUAAUGGUUCGAAUAUAUACACUUCCCCUUUUUGCUUUCCGACCAAUGUACUACACAAUGAGAAAUUUCAAAAAAGCUUUUCACGACAUUGUCAUGUCUCGAAGGGCAAUUCGAAAUAUGAACACAUUGUAUCCUGACGCAACAGCUGAAGAAUUGGCAGCGGCUGAUAAUGUUUGCAUUAUUUGUCGCGAGGAAAUGGUAUCCGCGAGUAAAAAGUUACCCUGCAAUCAUAUAUUUCACACAGCAUGUUUACGAUCUUGGUUUCAACGACAACAAACAUGUCCGACUUGUCGUUUGAAUAUUUUGAGACCAACAAAUCGAAGAGAAACAAGACCACCUACACAACCACAAGCAACUGCUCAUAUUCCUCAAACUGUUCCCGUUCCUGGUGGCGAACAAAAUCAACAAGGUAUGCCAUUGCCGCCAUUUUGGGCGAAUUUUCAAGUUCCAGGGGGAGCAGCUCAUGUUCAAGCGCAAAAUAACGGGAAUUUACCAUUCCCGUUGCUUCAACCACUUGGAACAGGUGGAGUUCCACUUUUUGCCCCACCAUUCCCACCACUGAUUAAUUUACCUCCAGUGCCAACUCCUCCGCCAAAUUUAACAACAUUAAGCGAGGAAGAAUUACGUGCGAUGGAAGGAAAUCUUCGUCAAAACCUUGAGGCAAGAAUACAAAUGCUUCAAAGGAUUCAACUUUUAUUAGAUGCCGCAAAUGCAAUGAUGAAUCAGUAUCAAACUGUUGCUGCAACAUUAAAUACAAAUGUACCACCACCACCGACAACAUCGGCAGCGAAUGAGGUUCCAGAAUCGAAUCAAACCUCAACAAAAGAUUCCACAUUGUCAAAUGACAUUGGAAAUCAUAAUUCCAAGACUGUCGUAGAUUUUCCAAAACCAAGUACAUCAACGGAAAAUAAUUCGGCUCCAAGCACAAAUAGUAAUGACAUUAGUUCAUCUACUACAAUAAUCAACUCAGAAACCUCAGAGGAGCAGGAAAAUAUUAGGAGACGGAGAUUACAAAAAUUCACGACACAAGCAGAAUAAAAAACAUAAAUAAAACUCUGUGUUGUGAGAUUGAGAGAAGAAUGAUUAAGAAGUCUUAUUCUCUUUUGAUAGUUAUUCAUUCUGUGAAAGGAAAAAAAAACCGAAAAAAAAAAAGUGGUGUUCCCGACUAUUUGAAGAGAUUUGGAAAACUUAGGCGUUUGUUAAUGGAACUACAAUUGCAGAGUUUAUAAUGGAAAAAAAUAGGAAAAUUUUGUCGAUUUCAGAGUGAACUCUUCUUGCUGUGUGUAUGUUUGUGUGUAUGAAGCAAGUGUUUUAUAUAUAUUUAAAGAAAAAAAAAAAAGAAACUCAUCUAUGCGCUUAAAAAGCAGAUUUACUUUAUUGUACAUACGUAGAUUUUACAUUGGCGCUUUAGAGAGUUUUCUUUUCCUCUUUUUUUUCCCUCACGGCUAUGAUCAAAUUGUGAAAAAAAGAACAUUUUUCAAAAAUAUUCCUAUUUGAAAAAUUACAUUAAAAUUCGAAUUUUUUUGAAAAAUAAAAAAAUUACUACUCUAAAAUAAAUUGAAUUCAAUUUGUUCAUUGCCGUUUUUCUCUAUUAUUCAAUUAUUUACAUUGUUUUUCUUAUUAUAUAUAUAUAUAGUUAACUCAAAAAAAUUAUGAAAACAUUUUUUUUUUAAUUUUUUUUUCUUUGGUAAUACCAAAAAGAAAUAAUCACCGCCGCUCAUUCGCGAUAAGUGUAAAAAGAAGAUUUGUAUUACUAUAUACAAAAAAAGAACAUAAUUUUUGGAUUAUAUUUCAUAACGAAAUGUUAUCGACUUUAAUCCAUUUAUACAAAGAACGACGGCACUAAUAUAUAAACAUAUAUAUUAUUUUAAUAUUAUUAUUAAUUAUUAAAAAAAAAGCGUGCUAUCUGUUCAAUAUUUUGUUUUAAACGACAUCUGACGUCUGCAAUAAACUUUGUUAAUCUAUGUUCUGUUUUUUUUUUUUGUUUAUGUGAUUUUACAAAAUUUAAAUUUCAAACAUAGAUUAAUUUAUAAACAAAAUAAAUAUUUAUUUCUUGAAA